AUUUGCGAGGAAAUAAAGAAUUCAUCGCUAAAAACAUAUACUUACUUUGUGAGGGGAAUUGUGUUCCUCGCUAAAAAUCUGUAGUUACUUUUUAAAGUCCCAUAAACCCACAUCAGUUCACUGCCAAAUCCAAAAAAUCCAGCCCUAAAUUGCAAGUUCUGAGCAUCAAUUACAAGGAUUCAAGUUGGGUUUGUUCAAAGUACGUACGUUCCAGCCGUUGGCCGAAAUCUCCACUGUCGAGAAACCACGGUAACGCCUCCACUCUCUCUUGCAGCGAACUCUGCCAUUUCCAUCUCUUUUCUCACCUCUCCUACAUCACCCAAUCGUUAAACCACACAUCUAUCUCUCACAAAACCCUCAUCCCACUGCCCUAAACCAGUCCAAAAAUACCUACAUUGUCUUCUUUCUAUUCUGCCCUCUGGAGCUGCGCAAGGAGACGAGCUGCCUUCUGGACCUCCGGCGACCUCGGCUCAGGUCUUCAUGCUAAAGGUUUUUCUCGUGGAUCUACAACACAAUAGCAGCUAUCGACAGAAUCAACUAUUGAUACUUUGCCGGAAUCUCUGUUGGAAUCAUACCUGUUGGUGACAUUUCAUAAGGGCAUAAGAUGGAUAGGAGUUGGAUGGAAAUUCGUAAUAGAAGGCACCCUUUGUACAUUGAAGGAGUCAAAGAAUUCAUCAAAUUUGCGAUUGAUCAUAUGCCACCUAGUGAAACUCUCAUUUGGUGUCCAUGUAUAAGAUGCAACAAUUUCAACAAGAUGACUCCUGAUGAAGCUGAAGAACAUAUGUAUGCGUGGGGGGUAGUGGUGGCGUAUAAUCGAUGGGUUUAUCAUGGGGAAGAAUUUGAUCAAGAAAAUAAUGGUCAGGGUAAUACUAACAUUGAAGAAGAGGGCAUCACUGUGGAUGCAAUGCAAGAAAUACUUGAUGAUGUACGUGCAGAACAAUUCACAAAUGAUUGGACGGGUUCCUCUGCUACAGGCCAUGGUCCGGACAUGUCUAAUGACUUACUAGGGGAAGGGAACAAAUUUGCAAGGUUAAUGAGGGAUGCAGAGAAGGAACUUUACCCUGGUUGUGAAAAGUUUUCAGUUUUGUCUUUCAUUAUGAUGUUGCUCCAUAUAAAGUUAAUUAGCAAGUGGAGUAACAACUCAUUUGAUAUGUUACUCAAACUACUAAGUGAUGCAUUUCCUCCUGGAGCUACAAUCCCAAGAACUUACAGAGAGGCAAAGAAAGUGAUUCGAGACUUAGGCCUUACCUAUAAGAAGAUACAUGUUUGUAAGAAUGAUUGCGUACUCUUUUGGAAAGAUUAUGAAUUUGAAGACAUGUGUCCAUCUUGUCAGACACCAAGGUACAAGGAGGAGGUCCAAAAGGGAAAGAGUAAACGGGUUCCUCACAAGGUAUUAAGGUAUUUUCCUGUCAAACAAAAACUAAGGAGAUUCUUUGGGUCAAGAAAGAUAGCUGAGGAUAUGACAUGGCAUAAGGACAAGCGAGUUGAGGAGGAAGGAGUGAUGCGACAUCCUGCUGAUUCUUUAACAUGGAAAGAUUUUGACCAGAAACAUGAGUCAUUUGCUAGUGAUCCACGCAAUGUAAGGCUUGGGUUGGCAAGCGACGGUUUUAAUCCAUUUGGAAGUAUGAGUAAUUCCUAUAGUGUGUGGCCUGUAAUUCUUGUCCCAUAUAAUUUGCCACCAUGGAAAUGCAUGAAGGAUCCAUUUUUCAUGUUGACUCUUCUAAUUCCUGGGCGUAAGUCUCCUGGAGUGGACAUCGAUGUGUUUUUAAGGCCAUUAAUAGAUGAGUUAAAAGAGCUUUGGAGUAUAGGUGUUGAUACAUAUGAUGCGGUUACAAAGCAAAUUUUUCAGUUGCGUGCUGCAUUGUUAUGGACCAUCAAUGACUUACCUGCCUAUGCUAAUUUGUCUGGUUGGAGCACCAAAGGAAAGCUAGCUUGCCCUAAUUGCAACGAGGAUGCAUCUCAUCAAUACUUGCAUAAUGGAAAAAAGACUUGUUACAUGGGACAUAGUCGAUUCUUACCAAUGGACCACCCAAUGCGAAAAAGUAAUCAUACUUUUGACGGUAAAGCCGAGCAUAGGCCAGAACCAAAAUUCUUAUCCGGAGAAGAUGUGGUUGCUCAAUUGAAUCGUCUAGUGCAAACAAUUUUCGGAAAAGUAGAUGAACGGGGAAAGAAAAGAAAACGUUCUCCUAGUUACUUGAACUGGUCGAAGAGAAGUAUUUUCUUUGAAUUGCCUUAUUGGGAAACCUUAUUGUUCCGCCACAAUCUUGAUGUCAUGCAUAUAGUGAAGAAUAUAUUUGAGAGUAUCAUUGGCACCAUAAUGAACAUUUUGGGAAAAACGAAGGACAGUUAUAAAGCUCGACUUGAUAUGGUGGCUAUGAAGAUAAGGCAUGAGCUGCACCCGAAGUGUGUUGAUGGAAAAACAUACAUCCCUCCUGCAUGUUACACAUUUUCUCCCAGUGAAAAAAGUGGUUUUUGCGAGUUUUUAAGGUCCGUAAAAUUUCCGGACAACUAUGCGUCAAACAUAUCUCGAUGUGUGACUGAUGAUGAUCGAAUCACCGGACUUAAGAGCCAUGAUUGCCAUGUUUUACUACUGCGACUUCUUCCUGUUGCCUUGCGUGGAUACUUAAGGAAGGAUGUUUCCAAAACAUUAAUUGAGAUGAGUUGUUUUUUCAAGGAGUUGACAUCCAGGACCUUGCAUGUGGAUGUGCUAAAGCGACUCAAGAGUGACAUUGUCUUAAUUUUGUGCAAGCUUGAAACAAUUUUCCCUCCAGCAUUUUUUGAUGUCAUGAUCCACCUCUCCAUUCACCUUGCAGAGGAAGCAAUGCUUGGUGGACCAGUGCAAUUUAGGUGGAUGUAUCCAUUUGAGAGGUACAUGAAAGUUCUAAAGGGUUAUGCGCGAAACAAAGCUCGUCCUGAAGGCUCGAUUGCUGAAGGUUACAUAGAUAAUGAAUGUAUGACAUUUUGUUCAAUGUACUUUGAAGGGAUUGAAACGAGAUUUAAUAGGGCAGAGCGAAACUACGAAGGAGAUACAUCAACUAACCAAGGUAGUGGAUUGCCUAUAUUUUCCCAAAAUGCUUGCGGAUUGGGAGCAGCGAAAUAUGAUGAGCUUAAUCGUGAAGAACUAGCAAUGGCCCAAACAUAUGUGUUGAACAAUUGUGAGGAAGUAUACCCAUAUAUAGAGCAACACAAGGAAGAGCUCAAGCGACAAAGCAAUCGAGACAUAGAAAAGAGGCAUCAAUCUGAAUUUCAGAAGUGGUUUUUAGAACUUGUGACACGAAAAUGGAAAGAAGGUUCUGAAGGCGUGACAAUUCAACUGCUAAAUUUAGCACGGGGUCCUGAUCGGCGAGUGACACGUUACAAUGGUUGCUUGGUCAAGGGAUUUCGGUUUCAUACACAAGAACGCGAGAUGCAUCGAAAAUGUCAGAAUAGUGGUGUGGUUGUUAUGGGCAACCAUAAAGGGGAGAGUAUUGAUUUUUAUGGUGUUGUUAAAGAUGUAAUUGAGCUAUCAUAUUUGGGCGGUAAUCAUAUCAUGCUUUUCAAGUGUGAUUGGUGGGAUGUUGGUAGUGCUAGGGGAAUACUAGUUGAUGACUACAAUUUCACUAGUGUAAACGUAUCAAAAACUUGGUAUGUAGAUGAGCCUUUUGUGCUAGCGUGUCAAGUAGAGCAAGUUUGCUAUUUGAAAGACAUAGUUAAUGGUGAGAAUUGGAGGGUUGUUCAAAAGAUAGCUCCUCGAGCAGUCUAUGACCUACCUGAAGAGGAAGAGGAGGAACAUGAGGAAGAUGAGCCAUACCAAGAAGACGAACCGUAUGGGUUUGGCAAUAGCAUUGCGGUUGAUGACCAGCCGAUAAUGAUGAAUAGAGAUGAUACGGAUUCUAUCCAUGUUGAUGUAAUCAAUGAUGAAAUAGAUGUCGAUGAAGAAGAAGAUGAUAGCGAUGCAUUUAUUAAUGAUGACGAUGACAUGAUUGAUGUCCAGACUUCUGAUGAUGAACUUUCAGAUGAAUCAUUUUACGGUGAUAGUGAGGAUGAAUAGUAGCAGUACCAUGUCCUUUUUGUCAUGCACAUAUCUUAAAUGUAAUGGUUAAACAACAUCAAAAGUUGUUUCAAGUCAACUUCAAGUAUGCUCCAAAACAAAAUGGCCGCAACAUGCCUUCCAAUGAUGCUAAUUGCUCAACAAUCGAUGGUGAUCAUAAGGUGCAUGGAGAUACAAUAUUGGAGUAGGAGAUAGGAGUUGAAAAAUGUUUUGGAGGACAAAGUUGCUAUUUGCCUUGAUGUUUGAAUUUGCACUGUAGUAGUAAGACAAUGAGUGCAUGUUUUGUCCAGUUUGUAGGUGUUAGUUUUGGGGUACAUUGAACUGGAUUUGUCUUACCAAGUGGAAUGGGAUAAGUAGCUGUUGGUUAAUGUCAUGUAUUGACCUCCUUUUUGUUAAGGGAAGUGGAAUGGCAUUAGUACUUGGUUGUCUC